CCGCUAUACUGUUUAAUAUACUAUUUUAGGACGUUGUCGAGCUUUUGGGUUGUAUCAGUUAACUGUUGAAAUUUGUGUAAAAACUGAAUUUCAUACUAUAUAGAACAGAGGUACACUCUUAAGAAAACAAAGAAAUAUCUCUAAAUAUUUUUAAAUGAACAAAUACGUGGAUCUGGCGAAUGUGAGCACUAAAUAUGCCACUCGUAUGAAUCAUUUGAGUAACCGAAUCUUUGGCGAAGUAACUAGAUCGACAAAUUCAAAGUCCAUGAAGGUUGUAAAAUUAUUCAGCGCUCUACCAUUGCACAAAGAUCCAAACAUUAUUAAUUACUAUCCACGGCAUAAAGAAAUUGAUACAUUAAUGGAUCACCUUAGAAAUUACGGCCUAUUCAGGAAUGAACAUAAAGACUUUAUAGAAGAGAAACAACGAUUAAGAGAAUUACGUGGCAAAAUGAAAUGGAUUCCUCCACCGUUUAGAAAAUAAUAUACUUAUAUAAUGCAAAAUAUCAUGUAUUCUAUGUAAUAUGUGUUUUAUACAAUAUACGUAAGCAUUUAAAGAUAAAACAUGUGUAAAUAAUAGUACCAAAGAAAUAGUAAAAUAUAAAACAAGAAACAUUCAUUUUUAGAAUAUGUAAUAACACUAGAAUAGGAAGCUGUUAUAUCUUUGUAAUUG